AAUGGGCUUCUUCUAAAGCAAAAGACAGGAGAGUGGGCAGUGGGUUAGCGAAGAGACUACUUCAGCUUUCAUUAACAUUGCAGUGGACCUACCGCCUACAAACACGAAUUCUGUAAUCCUCGCCAUGCAGAUACCAUUAACAUGUCUUUAUGCUAGACGAGUGUACUGUUAUUUGUGCAGUUAGUGUGCUAAACCUAGCAUUAUGUCUCAGGAUUCUAGAUUGAGCGUCCAUGACAACAUCUGGCAUUUCUCGGUGACGGAUCCACAACUUCAUAAAAAGGGAUACACUGUUUACAAAGUGACUUGCAAGACAUUUCCCAUAAAGUCACCAGAGACUUUAACAGAGGUCAUUUGUUGGAAAAGGUACAAUGACUUCAAGACUCUCUACAAAGCACUGCAUGCUCUCCAUAAGGCCCUUCAUCGAAGAGAUCAGUUUCCUAUCUUUGCGAAGCCCAAGUUAUUUGGUCGGUUUGAUGAGACUGUCAUUGAAGAGCGGAGACUGAGCGCUGUGGAGCUAUUAAACUUUGUCGCCACUCAGCCGCACUUAUACAAAUCAUUGGUGUUCAAACAGUUUUUGGAGGAUGGGAAAGAGAAAAGGAAUUUCAGUACUGGUUCAGCUCUGGGUCCCAAACCAUCGACGCUGGACAUUCUGUCCAGUGGACCACAAGCUGGGGGGAACCCGCCCCCAGAUUUGGUGCCUACUAUGGUGCCUUCUUCACAUGCACACCGGAAUCUGGACCAGGGUCAAAGUGCCGAUGUUUCUCCUGAGCUGCUGCAGUCAGUCAGCGCGGACCAUGGAGCUACAGCCAACGGGAGACAGAAUGGAGGAAGUAACAAAUCUCCUGAUGCCCUCACCGAGGUGGCCAUGCUGGACGGGACGUGGAACUACCCCCAGGUGGCUGACAACAUCAGCCUGGACUCCUCCACGGGAGACGAGACGGUAGAUUCCGAUGAUGAGUCCAUCCUGGCGAGCUCUCUGCCUGAUGCCGAUCUGGCCUUCUUCGACCCCCUUCCCCAUGACCAGCCAGCUACGACUGCUGAAGAGACAGGUGGGAACAUGCCGAGGAGCAACAGCUGGCUACUCACAGGCCUCAACAUGUGCGCGGAGAUCGACAGUCAGCCCCAGGCUGAGGAGACUAAAGAUGAAGGUUCUGAACUCCCAAGCUUGCAUGGCCCUGAAACUACAAAAAGAAAAGACACUAUGCUCAGCACAGACUCCACCCUUACAACGAGUGGGUCAACUCCCUCCUCCUCUACCCUGGACAGGCUGACCACUGAUGCUGACAGCGCUAGUGACAGCAGGAAAGACAGCCUGGGGGACAGUAGCACCAUCACCGGCCACGGGACUGACCUGGAAGAGUUUGACCCUCUAAGGAAGAUGUCGCAGAGCUCGGAUUCUUCUAGGGUGGAGUGCGGCAGGGGGGAUUUAGAUCUGUCAACAGAGUGGCAGUCCAGGUCUGCCAGUGUUCUCUCCCCUGUCUCAACCAGCUCUCAAAGAUUGCCACCCACAAAUGUAGAACAGCAAAAAGAGAAGCCUCGAGCAGCAACCCUACCUAGCAAACCAACAUCCCAGGUUUCAUCACGAUCACAGAGUCUUGGUUCAGAGAAAUCAGAAGAUUCUGAGAAAGCCAAAAGUAACUCUUCAACACCUAAACGGUCUUCGAGGAGUAUGUUAAGGAAACUUGUGUCUGGCAGCCCCGGCUCCCACAAGCCACGUUCGGGGACAGAGCAGAGUGUCUCUACCAUGGACUUAGGAGGUAAAGAGGAUUAUAUCUACCUGGCUGCCAGCCAAAUCUGCAUGGCCCAGAACAGUGAGGCCAAUGGAGACUAUGAAGUAGCUUUUGCUUACUACAAGAGCGGAGUGGGAAUCCUCUUACAGGGAGUUCAAGGUGACACUAACAAAGGCAGAAGGGAUGCUGUCCGAAGGAAAACUGCUCAGUACCUAAUGAAGGCAGAAGAUCUCUUCAACAGACACUUGGCUACAGAAAAGGUUGAUGAGAGGAGAUGGGGAGCUGACAGUUUUCUGUCCCCCUCCCUGGACCUGGAUCCCUCAUUUGCCUUCAUCAGAGGAUCUGUGCGAGAACUUCGCAGCUUUCAAGUCUUGGGCACUAUUGAUAAAGUCAUCCUUGUCCGUGACAAGACCACAGAUGAGACUUAUGUCAUUAAAUCAAUUGCCAAAUCCACCCCUGACAUUGGGCGCACUCAGUCCAUUCUGCCCACUUCCUGCCCCCAUAUGGUCAGCCUGCAUAAGUUCUACGAGACUGACAGUACAGUGUUCCUGUUGCUGCAAUAUGCCAGUGGUGGCAAACUGUGGACAUACAUUGGUGACUACUUAAGUCAGGAUAAGCCUGGUCAUGCUGAUGCGGGUAUCGAACUGGGGGCCGUGCACUGCCAGGCCGAUCAGCGCAACAUUUAUUCCGGCACCAAAAUAGAAAAUGAGGGUGAAAAUUCAGAGUCUUCGCAAUCUGAAGCAAAGACCGAUGCUGUGUCAAUGAAAGAUGUUCAGAGUGUAAAAAAGUCGACCAGCGGUUUGAAUAAUGUUGUUCAAAAUGUUCAGUCCUCCCAUGACAAAGGUGUGAUAAGGUUCUCGUCUUUACGAAAAGACAGCAAUGUGGAUGGUGGGGACUUGAACACAGACAGUCCAGCUGUAUAUGAUAAGGAAACUGAUGACACAUUACCUGAGACUGUGGAUACAAGUUUAACUUUGAGUCAAAAUCCACCUAAAACUCCAGUGGGGCGGCGGUUCUCAAGCUUGUCUGAUGACUGCUGCCAGGUACAGGAAGGUGACAGCAGCGUGAUAUCUCCGUCCACACUGCUGGAGGAGGACCACUUCCAGAUGUUGCUGCAGGAACACAGAGCCAACCUGGCCAACUUCUCCAUCAACAGCCUGGACAGUGAAGAGCCUGCUCACCGACACAGCUCCAGCUUUGUGGAAAGAGCGGACAGCAUUCUAGAAGCCUCUGAAGAUGACGUUGAUAUUGCUUCCUCAAAACAAGUUGCCUCUCGGCAAAUCAGUGCGGAUGAAGUGUUUCAGAUUACACGCAGAGAGGACUCUCAUGGUGCUGCUGGAGAUAGUAGAGUGAGACACUGCAGCACAGACGGUGUUUUCCCAACUGCUGAUGCCAAAAGAUUUGCUUCUUCGUUUAAGGCCGACGAUAUCAUACAAAGUUCUCGGCAGCUCCUGAACGAAGUGGAGAAGGUUUUGUCCGAGACAGAUGACAGGGGCACAGAAGGUGGUCAGACAAAUCGGAACUCCAGCAUAAGUGAAGAAGGUUCUAGUUCGGCUUCUGGGGUCAAGGACAGCAGCAGUGCCUGCACCGACUCCAACGAGGAGCCCAGCAUUUAUGACAUCAACAGGUCGUCUGAAGAUGACACCAGUGAUCAGGCAUCCACCAGCAACAGCGAUGAUAAAAAUCUUGAUAGCCCGACAUCUGAUAAUGUAAAGAAGCUCUCAUCCAGCCCUGAAGAAGAGCUCUCUUCCACCGCUGAGACACCUGAGGAUAUGACGCUGCCCUGUGAUUCUGACAUAGUGUCUGGAUUGGGUGGCGUUGAUGAAAAACAAAAGCUUCGUCACAGUUCUGGGAACAGCCUCUUCAGGCAAACUACCACUCCCCACAAACUGUCCAUCAGUCGCAUGGACUCGAAAGACAUGACUCGCUCAGCUUCAUUCGAAUGUGACUUGAAGUCUCCCACACGAAACCGGGCUCGAACAGUCAGCAAUUUAUUCGAGCGCUUAGAUUCAAGUGGCACAGAGCAAGUCCGCCUGCCUGAGGCCAGUGUCAGAAAGUGGGUUGCUCAUCUUGUAACUGCUGUGUCUAGAUUGCACUCUUUGGGGAUUAUUUGCAGAGACCUCAAGCCUAGCAAUGUCCUCCUGGGGGAUGGAGGUCAAGUGUACCUGACCUACUUUUGUCACUUGGGUCACGGGGAGCAAGAAACGGAUUGGGAAGCUGUGGAGAUGUUGUAUGCAGCUCCUGAGAUUGGCUCUAUUGGGGGCUAUGACAUGUCCUGUGACUGGUGGAGUAUAGGAGCCCUGCUCUACGAGCUGGUUGUAGGAAGGAGUUUGUGUGAGUGUCACCCCGGAGGAAUCAAUCCACAUACUUGUCUUCAUGUCCCUAGCUUUGUCUCACCCGAGGCUCGCAGCUUACUAGAAGGGCUGCUGACUUUUUAUCCCCAUGAGAGGCUCGGCUCUGGGAUGGCUGGUGCUGAAGAGAUCAAGGCUCACCCGUUCUUUGCUGGUGUUGACUGGCACACACUAGAGUACUCAUCAUAGCAUCCACUCUUCCGGGCAGCCUGCUUAUUCAUGUGUUGAAGGUCACCUUUGGACUGUGGACACUUUUUUUACGCCCCGACUUUCUGUGUGCUAUUUAAUCAGCCUGAAUUUUUGAAGAAUGUGCAUGAACGAUAGCCUGGAGAUCUCAGGAUUGUUUUAAAUGUUGUGGCUGUUAUUGUCAGUACAGUCAAAUGAAUUACAAGCUGAUGCAUGAUGAAUGGUUUUUUUCAAACUCAGAACAUCUGUAUCUCUUCCCCCCCCCCCCCCCCCCCAAAUGAACUUCUUGUCAACUGUGAGCUUUAAAGCUGAAUGUUCCAAUGUUUCUGUCAUUUUGAGCUAUUCAUCUUUCAUUCCUCGUUUAUCUGUCUGUGUGAGUAUUGAUUUAUAUCAUCCAAGCCUGGCAAGUUUCUGAGAUGCCCUUUUUCUUAAUGUACUGAAAUUAUUGCAUUCGACACUGAUCCUCAAAUUUGUUGCUGGUCUAGAAAGUGUUAUUACGUGUAAUUACUUGGUACGUGGUUUUUGCAUCCCCAGAAGUGGUGCCUAAAACACUGCUGUCAAAUUUUGGGAUGGUAUUUAACCUUUAGGUUUUAGUAUGCAUUUAGAAAUUUCCUACUUCUUUUAUCUCCCUCUGUAGUUUCUGUCUUGCUUUUUCUCUGCAUUAAUAGACAGUUACUGGGUCUGUGUGCUUCUCUUUGCUCCAACUAACAAGCCCAGAAAGUACUCCUGUAAAUUAGUUAUAGAAAGUCAAUUUGAAGUACUAUUGGUUUCAAGUUAUUGGGUUUUUUAAAGGAAUUUAUGUGUACUAGCUCUUGUGAUGGUGAGAGCUUACAGUGAAGUUUCAACCAUGCUAGUGAAAAAGAUGUGUGUUUGUUCUGCAGCCUUAUAUGUUAAGUUCUGUAACUGCAGUUACAUAUCAAGCAGCCAUUCUUAUUGAACAUGUUUGUGUAUUCAUUCUGAAAUUUUUAUUUAUUUAGCUGAAUUAUGCUCUUCAUUUGUACAUUCUUUUUUAUUUGAUUGUACAGUGUGAUUCGUGCAUGCAUAUAGACUAUGACAGAAGAGUCAUGUUACUCUAGUACAGAGAGAUCUGACAUUAUUUUGUGUACAGGACAUUACUAGUUGGUCAAGGACCUGUGAUAUAGAUGAACACUGUAUUGAGAAUGUGCGGCUGCUUUUUUGGAAGGCGGGACAUCUUGGUUCACUCUUCUCUUUGUGGAAUAUUGCACGGUAGUUGGUUUUCUCUCUUCUGCUCUCCCUCCCAUACAUACCCACAUCUAUACAGACUGCCAAGUAAAUGUGAAAACAUAACGUAACAAAUACUCAAAACGUUUGCUGCUAUUUUUGGUUGUGUAUAAAAUACACACAGUAGUUCAGGAGCCAAUUUUCUCAUCAUGGUCUUCUUGCGUAUUUGUGUGCCUGCUCAUUAACCUUAGUGUGUUGAAAAGGGCAUCUGUCUGUCUGUCUGUGUCUCUGUCUGUCUCUGUCUCUGUCUGUCUCUCUCUCUCUCUUUCUCUCUCUGUCUCUCUCUGUCUCUCUCUCUCUCUCUCUCUCUCUCUCUCUCUCUCUCAGCAUUAGGUAGUUUGGUAGCAGGUGACAUUGGCAACAAAAGUAAUGGAAAAUAUAGGCCUAUAUGUAUAUGUGACUUGUACAGGGUUUUAAUUUAUGUUGCUGCAUUCCAUUCUUGCUGUUAGAUUUAGCGAAACCAUCAACCUGUAAAAAUUACAAUACUGAGUGUCUCUGGUGUAUAGUAGAGCUAGGCCCAUUCAAUUUCACUAUUCAAUAUUCACAAUUUUUCUCGUUAUUCAAAGCAAGGCUGAGUUAUUGGAGUGGCAUGUGAUUCUCACAGACAAAAAAGAUUUUUGUCUCAAAUGUCUCAACCAGUUGCAGAAGUAGAGCAUGUUACGUCUAAAAUCAUCAAGAUACAGAAAUACUUUGUACGGUACAUGAUGAUUAGGAGACAAAGUGAUAAGUGGAACCAACAAGAGUUAUGAAACAUGCGUCUGAGAAGUGUUAUCUACUUUUCGAUGUUCAAUAGUCGCACCAUGAAUAGCUCAAGGGCACUUGACUCUUGACAAAACGCAGAGGAUAAUUUUGCAGAAAAUUAUCAGUACACAGGUGCAAUUACCUCCUCUUCCCUUAUUGGAAAUUCAUAGUACUCUGAAUGCUGAUGUGAUGUCAUAGCAUCGCACUGUUUGUGUACCAUUUCGCCCUCGAUGAAUAGCACUGAAUAUUAAAUUGCGAAUGUUGCUAAUGGACUUGUAAGAAAAAACAAUUUGCACGUGGCAUUUGAAUAGCGCAAAUAGUGACUUUACUCUUCGAAGCAUGAAUGUUUCGUUUCCUCAAAAAUCGCACAAGUAUUAUCGUAUAGUGUUUAAAAAUGGGAUUGUGUACAUACAAUACAGUGUGACUGAGACUGAUACUUU